UGGCAAAAGUACCGGUUUUAAAUAAAAUUUAUUGGUGUUAAUUUAGCGAUUGUGGAAAAACCUGUUUUUUUUAUCCCAAAAAUCAGUUAUAUACGAAUGAAUGUAACGACAUUGACCUACAAUUGUAACUUGGCAAUGUCAGUAACCGCUUCUCAUUUUGACUCCUGUACAUAUCUUAAAUCGUGUAGCGUUUCGCGAGCCGCUGAUUCUUCCGCCCCUCAGACCGGAAUACCGCGUAAAAAAAUUUUUUUUUUCCAACCUGCCCGCAAUACUCAAAUAUUUUAAAUAUAAUUUAAAUGUAAUUACACAUUGAUUAUUAUGAAUACAAUAUUAUUAACAGACGUUAUUUAAACUGCCAUGUAAAAUGAAAAUAUCGUAAAUUUUUUUUGUUAAUAUAAUUAUUUAAAUUCUAUUAAUUGAAUAGUCAUAACAACAAAUUAGUUAAAUUAUGCCACAAAAUUAACGGUAGUAUUAAGAAAAAAAAAAUUAUUAGUUAAAAGACAGAAAGUCGUCACGGGUCUUGUUCAAAGCGAUACUCUAUCUUCUUAUGUGAAUACUGAAGAAGUAAAAGAAGUAGAAGACUUAUGCUUAUGACCAGAAUGGUUGUUAGCUGAGGCAUCAGGCAUGCAUUAACAGUACUCAACUGUACUCUACGGUUGGGCUGGUGAUUCCCUGUUUCUUUACUUCCCUUCUUCACUACUUAUUCCAACUGUCUGCGGGGGGCUUAACAAGUGUCUUCACCAUAACGUUCAGUCCAUCGGGAACCUUCAUCAAAAUUACAUCAUUUUCAACAAGUUGUUACUAUUCUUAAUUUGUUGGUUAUUUAUAUCAAUAGGUUUAUACAAUAGACUUUUUUUUCAUUUUUUUAUAAAAAUUUUUUUUAAUUUUUAAGUGAAUAUUUAAUUACGUCUUAAAUGAUGUGGAGAAUUCUCAUUGUUGGAUUUUUUACGGUAACACUAGCUCAAGAUUACGAGGUAUCGGAUAUUCAGUGUAGCUCUACAACAGCUACAACGGAUCUUCUUACUGCUAAAAUAAAACGUCCGGUUGGAUUUAAAGGUUCACCGCUUUUCGCUGAUGACCGCGCUGCUGAUCCUUUGACUGAUAUUCAAUGCCAAAUACGGCCCGAUCCAAAUGAUUCAUUAGAAGAUAAUUACUUUUUAAAAGUAACUGAUUUUUCACGUUGUGGAAUUCUGAAAAGAAAUGGGUUUAUUCACCUGAGAAUUUGGUUUCCGGCUUUUCCUGGAGUCGUAAUGUUGGCAGAUCAGGAAUUAAUUCUAAUGUGUAGACCACCGGAACCGACGCUUUUGAGACAUAAAGCCGCAGGUUUUGCUGGAACAUUCCCUCAUGGUGCACGGGUAUCAGGUAUUGUAGAGGAAACACCCGGACGUUUAGAGUAUGAAGUAGCUUUAUAUCGCGAAGCAGUUGGAAAUACUUCUGAAAGUUCAAUUGGUUCUGAAACAGUAGAUCAAGCUGUUCCAAUCGGGACAAAGCUUCAAUUACGUGCUCGAAUAAGUGCCGAAAGUGCUUGGGGAUAUAUUAAGUUAAUUGAAGUGACAGUGAGUCCUGAUCCAGAUCAACCAAAUGCACCUGGUAGUGUUAUUCUUGUUAAAGACGGAUGUAGAAAUCGUGAUUUUGCAUCAAUAAUUCCCCAUCAACCAGCACGCUAUCGCGAUAGAAAAAAUGAAGUAUUUCUUGACUUUGAAGCUUUUCUCUUGAGCUCAAUGCGUGAAAGAUCGACUUUGUGGAUUCAUUCACAGAUAAAAGCUUGCAUAGAGCCUCAUGAUUGUCAACCAGACUUUUGUUUGGAUCUUUUUGAGCCGUCUGGUCAUGGAAAACGUAAGCGUAGAUCAGCUGGUUCAAUUGAAGAAAUGUUAAAGACAAAUGAACCGAAAGUUGAACGUUUAAUUAAAAACUAUAAUGACUCAACGCAAUUUACUAAGAUUAAAGAAAAUAUUGAAUACACUGUCAUGAUGCCAAGUGAUCUUUAUGAUAAAGUUGCCAUAGGCUUAGAAGGAAAUUGUGGGAAUUUCCUUUACAUUGCUACUGGCCUUGGAGUAUUACUCAUGUUUUCAGUAUUUAUAAUGUGUUAUCUUGUUUCACGGUUACACAACGUAGCUACAAAUGUGCCUCAAAAUAAAUCCAUCGAUGAAUUAAUCAGAGAGCGUUCAAGAAAAUAUUGUGAUCCUGCACCUGGAUAUACUGGUCGUACGACUAUGCAAUAAAAAGAAAGUUUUAGUAGGAUUUUUCUUCUCAUAAUUCAUUUAUCAUGUGGUAUUAGUACAUUGUCAUUCAAAAUUACUUCAUUUAUCACAAAUCAUAAUCAUCAAUCAUUUUUUAUCGAUAAUCUACAUAUUUAUAUUUAAAAAAAUAAAAUUCUCUUUUGUAAGAGAUGUGCAAAGCUAUGAUGUGACCUGAAGAAACAAGAAUUGCGACGUUUUUUUUUUUUGCUCAUCAAAUAUUGCGUAUAAUUUAUAACUGUAUUAUUUUUCUGUGGAAUAGGGCGUGGUAACUUAUUAAAUGGACUGAGUGGUUUGGGGUAAAUUAUUACUUUGUAUAUAGAUACAAAAAUAUAUUUAUGUAAUUUAUAUAUUUAGGUAUAUAAUUAAUUUAUAUAUUUUUAGUACCAUUGACAAUUUUCAUAAUUAUUUUCAUUUAUAAGUGAAUUUAA